AUGCUGAAGACCGCUGAACUUGCGGAUGGUCUACUUGGAACAACUCUCCAAUGGGAUGACGUGGAGGAGAUUGCGAAUGAGUGUGCAAAGGGAGUUGAACUAAAGUUUGGAGACAAGAAAUCCAUCAAGCCGUUGGCCGAGGGAGUUGGUCUCCAAUCCCUGCUUGGAAUUGCUGACGUCGAAUGGUCUACUGAAAAUGAAAAAUCCCCCUAUCCCAAUAAGUUCGCGCUGAAAAUUGGGUCGCCAGUGGCUUUGCUCCAAGCCCUCGAAGCUCAAGCGGCUAAGCUCCCGCCAAAAGUCGCCGCCGAUAUUUCCGAUGAGUUCAUCAAAUUCUUGCCGCCAUGCCACAACUCGGAAAUCUACUUCUACAACUACAUCCGCACUCUUCCAACCUCAAUUUCCAUCCUUCCCGACUACUAUUUCGGAAAGGAAAUCGAGCUGGAAUCCGAUGGGAACUACACGAAAGGUUGUAUCGCUAUAGAGCUUGUGGAGAAUGUGAAAACCCUGUCACCACUGGAAAAUUUCACGGAUUCUCAGAUGCUCCAGGUGUUGGAUAGCUUGGCAAAACUGCAAACUCAAUUUUUGGAUAUGAAUGAGGAAGAGAGACGGAAGGCGCCGCAUAGAGGCCUUGCUGGGUUGUACUCCACGUUCAAGGACUGGUUCCUUCAACUCAACAAUGGUCUGAUGGCGCAGUUCCCGGAUCCGGAAAUGCAGAAGCUCACGAAGACUUUUGCAACAAAGCUCCCGGAGAUUAUGACAGCGGAUGAUUUGGAUUUGUUACCGGCGCAGCUUGAAAUGCAGCGAGUUUUUGUUCAUGGCGACUUGUGGUCGGCUAAUAUCAUGUGGGAUGCGCAGGACAAUCUGAAGAAGUUGAUUGAUUUUCAGAUGAUCCAUUUCGGUCUAGCUGCCACUGACUUGGCCAGAGUGUUCAACACGUGUCUGACUCCAGAAGCGCGUCACGCCAACACUGAUAGGUACCUGGAGAAGUACUACAAGUUCUUGGAGACCCGUUGCAAAGAGGCUGGGAAGGAAGUUCCAUUCGAUUUGGAGCAGCUCACCACCACCUACCAACUAGCGUAUCCACGUGUUUCUGCGUAUCUUCUUCCCGCAUUGACGGCGGUUUUGGAGAAAGUGGUGUCGAUGCCUGACAGUCCUAUCAAAUUGGCAUUCCUUGGAUCAUUUAUUGCGAAAGUCAAGGGAAUCUACGCGGAUAUCAUUGAGUAUCACGAGAAUCGUCCGGAAUUUUGA